ACCUUCUUUGUAACAAUAUUAAAGAAGAAAUCAUGAAUUCAGUUCAGACAAUUUUUUUUGGAAUUCGUGAAUAUCUCAGUCCCGUGCUUAAAAAUUCCAAGUUCAAAGAAACUGGUUGCAUUACACCUGAAGAGUUCAUAGCUGCUGGUGAUUUUUUGGUCUACAAAUGUCCGACUUGGAACUGGGAGGGCGGUGAAGUGAGCAAAAGACGAGAUUAUCUACCAGUCGAGAAACAAUUUCUUAUAACGAGAAACGUUCCUUGCUUAAGACGCGUAAAACAGAUGGAGUAUACAGAUGAAGAUGCUGAAACCCAAAUUGAAACUGAAAAUGGUGAAGAUGCAUGGGUUGCUACUCAUAGUGGCCGUGCAACAACAAAUAUUGAGGAAAUUGCGCAACAAAUUGAAGGAGAUGAAGACGAAAUUUGCAAAAAAGUUACCAACAUUGUAUUAGAUGAUACGAAUGACAAAGAGGAUGUCGACAUCCCCGAUAUCAAUGAUAUUCCAGAUAUGGAUGAUGUCGGAGAUGGUGUAGCAGAAGAAGAUGACCCGGCAACGUUAGCUGAAGCUAGCAACGUGAGAACAUCGUCAUACGAUGAUGGGCCGAGCGAUAAAAUUCUUCAAGUACGAACAUACGAUGUAUUUAUUACGUAUGAUAAAUAUUAUCAAACACCUCGAAUGUGGCUAUUUGGUUAUGAUGAGCAUCGACGACCACUGACUUCGAUCCAAACAUUUGAAGAUAUUUCUCAAGACUAUGCUAAAAAAACUGUGACCAUUGAAACUCAUCCACAUUUGAACAUGUCUUUGGCUAGUAUUCAUCCAUGUCGCCAUGCUCAAGUCAUGAAAAAAAUUAUUGAAAAGAUGAAUGAAGAAAGUGUCAAAAAAUUUGAAUUAUUUCAGCAGCAAAUGGGUAAUGUUGCAGGGCCUAACGCGCCACAAGUAGAACAAGCGCAAGUGAGAGUUGAUCAGUAA